AUGUCAGAUAUCAAAUACCAAGAAAACCUGAAAACUAAAACCUUUGAUGAGGAUGCCAAAAUUGAGUCAAUCUCCGUUCAUACCGACUCGGAGAAUAUUGUAACUAAUAUUGCAGCUCACAAUGCUCGAAUAUAUGUGAAAUAUUACUCUACUCCAUUAAGAGUCACUAUUCUAUAUUUUUCUUUAUUUCUACUUGCAUAUGCUUAUAACCUUCAUAAAGAUGUCAGAGGAACAUAUCAAACACUAGCAACUUCUUCUUAUUCAAAGCAUUCGUUGUUAGCAACUGUCCAAUGUAUCAAUCAAGUGAUCUCAGCAGCAGGUCAAAUAUGGUAUGCGAGAGCAUCAGAUAUCUUUGGAAGAACGCCUAUUUUGAUACUAUCUAUUCUAUUUUACUUUAUUGGAACAUUGAUAGAGUCACAAGCCACUGAUAUCUCUAAGUAUGCAGCAGGUUCCUGUAUAUAUGCAUUAGGCUAUGCUGGCUCAGUGUUAGUGACGCAAGUUUUAGUUUCAGAUUAUUCUACUUUAAAAUGGAGAUUAGUAAGCUCGACGGUAUUAUUUUUACCAAAUAUCAUCAAUACUUGGGUUGGUGGUAAUAUUACAGAAGAUGUUGGAAAUAGAUGGCAAUGGGGUUUUGGUAUGUGGGCAUUUAUCUUCCCAUUGGCUAGUAUACCGCUACUCUGCUGUUUAGCUCAUAUGAAAUAUCUAGCGAUCAAAAAUAAAGAGGACGUUAAGUUGACUAUUUCUAAACCCAGAUCUAUUUCUUGGGCAAGACAUUUGUAUGAUAUAUUCUUUUGGAAGCUAGAUAUGCUUGGUUUAAUUUUGUUAGUGGCAUUUUUUGCGUUAAUCUUAGUACCACUAACUUUAGCAAAAGGUUUGCAUGAAGGAUGGGGUUCUGCAAAGUUUAUUGUACCAGAAGUGUUAGGUUGGGCUUUGGCAUUACCUCUAUUUUUAACAUGGGAACUAAAGUUUGCAUCAAAUCCAAUUACACCUUUAGAUUUGAUCAAAGAUAGAGGUAUUUAUGGCGGUAUCGGUGUAUCACUUUUCUUAGAAUUUGUUUAUGACAUUGGGAGUACUUAUUUGUAUACAGUUCUAGUGGUUGCAGUUAAUGAGAGUACUAAAUCAGCCACCAGAAUAACCUCAUUGUUCACAUUUGUUUCUGUACUUACUGCGUUCUUUUUGGGUUUCGUUGUUGUUAAAGUUAGGAGAACUAAAGAAUUCAUUAUUUUUGGUAUAGCAAUGUGGUACAUAGCCUAUGGAUUAUUUGAACAUUAUCGUGGUGGUGCAGAAUCACAUGCUGGAAUUAUAGCUGCGGUCUGCGUUCAUGGUUUUGGUAACGGGUUUAUCAAGUUUCCAGUAAGAGUGUCUACUCAAGCCUCAGCAAAGACGCAUGAUAGAUUAGCCAUUGCCACUUCGUUGUAUCUGGCAGCCGGUGACAUAGGUAUGGCAUUUGGAUCUGCCACAGCAGGUGCAAUGUGGACUAAUAUUCUUCCAGCUCAGAUAGAUAUGGUUAUUCAAAAUAGUACACUUGCCAAAAUAGCAUAUGAAUCACCAAUCAAGUUUAUUAGAACACAUAAAUGGGAUUCUCCUGAAAGACAGGCUUUAGUAGUUGCUUAUAGGUACAUUCAAAGAUUAUUAAUGAUUGUUGCAUUGUGUUUGAUUAUUCCUUUGCUAUUGUCAUCAUUUUUCUUAAGAAACAGAGCAUUGACAGACACUGUAGCAUUUGAACAGACAGAUAUUCCAAAAGAGAGCGAUAGUUCAGAUCUCGAAAAUAGUAAGAUUGACAAUUUAGAAGAAGAUUCAGAAGAAGAUUCAUCGAAUGGUGAAAGUAAACCAAAGAAGAAAACCAUAUCAAGAUUUUUCCAUAAUAUAUUCCAUAAUUGA